AUGGAGCCUCCCAACGAACGUACAAUACUCAUAGCUAUUCUCGUAAUCACGAGCAUAUCCACUCUUUUCUGUCUCAUUGGCUUGGCAACACCGGGAUGGUAUCACGCUAAUAUAUUUUCCUUUGGUCAUUCAUCAACUGCUGGUUUAUCUGUAAUUUCUUUGAUUCUACUUAUUGGCUGUAUUAUUGCAGCGAUUAUUAUACUAACAAAGGUCGUAAAAUAUGAACAUUUACCAAUUAUAUUCGUUACAUUAUUAAUAGUCACUUCAAUAUUUUUAUUGGCAACAUUCGGAUCAUUUUUUGGUGCUUUAUCUUAUUCAUACAAUUUAAUGCUAACUUCAUUUGCAUUUACAUAUUUAUCAUCACUUCUUGGCGUGUAUUGGCUGAGUAGCGCUCAAUCUAACGGACAGAAGAGUAUCGCACCUACAACUCAAAAACGACAACCAAACGAAUUCUAA